AUGCAGGCGCACGCGAGUGGUCGGACGAUUGCUCGCUGCGCCCGCACCAGUGGUUGCCCGGCGCCCCAGCAUGCUGUGGUAUCGUGCCCAGCGCGCCGCCGCUGCCGCGCCGCGCCGCUACGGCCGCGCGCGCUCGCCCCAGACGGCGGCGACGGCGGCGGCGCGGCCAAGGGUCGCCAGCAGCAGCAGCAGGGCCUGUACCGGCUCCUCAAGGGCGGCCCGCAGCGCGCCGGCGCAGAACAUGGGGAGGGCUUCGUGCACCUGCUGCCCGCGGGCGGCGUGAUGCGCGUGGACGUGGAUGCGAUGAACGAGAGCCUGCGCACGCACGGCGCUCUGCGGCUGCGCCACGCGAUGCGGCCGGACGAGGCCUUUGGGAUGGUGCUCAACUUUGACGGCGUCGUCGCCGACAUGAACGCCGUCCGCGCCGCCGCCUGGCGGGCCCUGGCCGCCUCUCGGGACCUCCCCCUCAACGAGGGCCGCCUGCGCCACCCCGAGCUGCACGCCAUGCCGCCAGAGGUGGCGGCGGUGCGCAUGCUGCGCUGGGCAGACUCACUGAAGGACGGCAGGGAGCUGGCGAUGGAGCAUGCUGGCCUCGCGGCCCGCGCCCUGGCCGAGCAGGCCACCCCCCGCCCCGGCGUCCGCGAGUGGCUCGACGCCCUCGCGCGCUUCAACGUGCCCUGCGCGCUCGUGUCGUCGCUCGACCGCGCGACCGUGCGCGCGGCGCUGGCGCGGAUGACGCUGCACGACCACUUUUCUGCGCUGGUCACCGCCGAGGACGAGUUCGAGACGCUGAGUCAGCGGCUGCUGUCCGCGUCGCUGAAGCUGGCGCGGCCCCCCAACAUGUGCGUCGCGGUUGAGUCGACGCCGGAGGGCGUGACGGCGGCGCACAACUGCAGCAUGAAGGCCAUCGGGGUCCAGGUGGGGUGA